CUCGCCUGUAGCUUCUCCCGGACAGUGCUGUCUUUCGGGGAUUUGCUUCACAGUUUCGUCAUUUGCUCAAAUAGCUGUGUGUGAACUUUCACUUAGAAAGCCAAAGGACUACUUUUGGAUUUUAUUUUUUACGUCAUCAUCGGUCACAUUUCGUUACUGACUGUCAACUCUGAGAAAGCUGUCUGUGGUGCUCGUCUUCUGGAGUCAUGUUUUCCAAGGCCACUGCCAACUUCGUCCGUGAGAUUGACCCCGAAGGACUUCUCAUCCACGUCUCUCGAGUAAAUGACUCUCACAAACUGGUUCCCAUGGCCCUCGUGAUCAAACGCAAGCGCUGGUUUUGGCAGAGACCCAGGUACCAACCAACAGAUUUCACUCUCGGCGACUUGUUGCUGGGUGACAAGGAGCUCAUCCCGGGAGUGUCAGAGUCAGAAUUCUUGACCUACAAGGGGACAUAUGGAGCUAAACUUGCUAGUGAUCUGGGCCCCGAAGCCGGCUCUGCAAGUAUCAGACUGGAGGGGCGUGGCACUACCAAGCUCCAGUCAUGUUUUGGCCAGCUGAAGAAAGAGGAGGUGAAUGUGAAGAAGCUAUUACUUGACUCGGACAACAGGUCGGUGGACAUGCAACACGUGCUGGUGAGGCAGAUAGAGAAGCGGGCUGAGGUGGUGGGGCUAGUGAAGGAGAGGAUCUUCACCACCAGCCCCUGUUCCAUCACCCAGACAAAAGUGGAAGAGUGCACCUUUCAAGGGGUGCUCGGGCUGGUUGGCAUGCUGGGGAGUUCGGUUAAGGUGUGUGUGAAGGACAGCAACAGCAUUGAGAUAGACAGCGAUGUUUCUGUGGAGAUCCCCUCUGGUACAGUCAUCGCGUACAGCAUCCUGGAACUGGAGGUUAAAAAAGACGGACAAUACUACAUAUGUCUACAACCUGGUGCAAUUGGAGGCUUUGAGUCAGACUCCAUCUCGAGGUCCUGGCCUUCUGAUGAUUGCUUCGACACAGUGGAUGGAAAGUGCAACGAGCAGAAGGUUCCACAGAAACCCCCCCUUAUUGCACUUCAUAAUGAAUCGCAGGAAAAAGUCCUUUCUCCUCUGGCAAAGCUCCCCCAGCCGACCCGAUGGGCUUUAUUCAAGAAGCUCCAAGAAACUCUGAAUGACAGUGCUGCUCUGUCAUAUCUGCAGCUUGUGCUUGAAGAUUUGUGUAGCAAUGAAAUACACAAUGGGACCCCAAAAGAAGAGCAGCCCAGUGCAGAGAGUCCCACUGAAAGCACCCUAAAUGCAGCGCACCUGUUGGUCAGUGCCAUGGAAGAGUUGCCCAAAGAAACUCUGGAACUUCUGAGCAAGAGCGCUCCUGACUUUCUGCAGGCUUUCAACAUGCUGGUGUGCAAGCUAAAGAGCAGCGAUGUUCUCAACAUUCAGUCUCUUCCUGCCCUGCUGCAGGAUAACCAGGCCUUUCAGCUGGCAGAGCAGUUACUUUCCUCUGCCAGUGUGAUGCUAAGAAGAGACGCUGACCUCCUGUGGAUGGAAACCAGAGAUAAUGCAGGAGUCCUACCAGUGGUCCUCUUCCUCAGCAUCCAUGGAUUGUGUUUGCUCUGCAAUGCACUUUAAUAGUUGUAGUGCCUGAGUGUGCACUCCCUCUCCUUUUUUAUUGAUUGUAUUUGCACCAUUUCUUUUUUUAUUUUAAAAUCUUAUUACAUGUAAGCUUGCUAUCGUUUGUUACAAGACUUUUUCAUAUUAUUAUCAUUAUUACUUUUAAAACAUUGCUUUAGAUUUAUUACAGAGCAGGGGAAAUUUUUUUUUUCAUAAAUAUGUUUUUAUUAUCUAAAACAAACAUUGUCCAUCCAUC